AUGACACUCUGCGAUUACGACUCUUCCUCUGACUCGGACAGCUCGACUGCAUCCUGCCUCUCUGAUGGAAAUAUUCGCUACCCAGUAUAUAACGACGACGAAAGUGACCUCCCUGGUGUCCCGGACUACCACGCCGGCGGCUCUUCUGCUCGCUUCUGCUACGAUUCGGAUGAGGCCGAGUUUGAGAACAGCCGGGACACCAAGAGGAGACGGACUAGCAACGACAGAUCGGUAGUCCCGAUUAGUAGAGAUGUGAGAGAUUUGAUCAAGUGUCCUGCGCCGGCACCAAGGUCGACAACUGCCCUAAGGCCGAAUCUGUUCGUCCUCCUCAAAUUCGGCCAUUUGUCCAUGUCUAUCCGGCGCCAAAGCCUACGACGGCGGCAACAGUACGGUUGA